AUGUGAGUCAGGAGGGAGGGAAGUAAAAAGAAGAGGUGAUGUCAAAGCAGCUGAGCUCAGAGAGUAAACAGAACUUAGGACUGCAGCAUGUGUUUAUCUGUAGAGCUGAAGGGGCGCAGCCAGCGAGCAUGCCACAUUCUCUUCUCAAAUCACAUAUCUGUACCCUGCAUUACCCUAUUCAUCAUCUUCCUCCUGUCAGCUCAGGGGACAGCCUGGCCAUAUGAUUACAGGUUCCUGUACAACUACUGUCCAGGGCCCGAGUGGAGUGUGAUGUGUAGGGGAUGCUGUGAAUAUGAUGUCAUCCACUGUAAAUGUCCUCUUCAGGGGUCUCCGGUAGGUUAUGCAGUGCCAUGCUGUCGUAACGCUGUAAAUGAAUGCGAUCCCUGCAUCAUCCAUCCUGGCUGCAGCAUAUUUGAGAACUGCAAGCGCUGUAACAAUGGCACAUGGGGCCCAAGGGACGAUUUCUUUGUAAAAGGACAGUACUGCACAGAGUGUCGCCCAGGGUGGUCUGGUGGGGACUGUUUGACAUGUGGAGGGGUUAUUCAUAAGAGGCAGGGUCACCUGGUGCUGGAGAGUUACCCAAACAAUGCCCGCUGUGAAUGGACACUAAAAGUAGACCGGCCUUUUACCAUUGAUCUGAGGUUCAUGAUGCUCAGUUUGGAGUUUGACCACAGCUGUCAGUAUGACUAUGUUGAAGUGAGGGAUGGAGAGAGCUUGAACUCACGUGUGAUUGGGCGUUAUUGUGGAAAUGAGCGACCACCUUCAAUCAAAAGCACCGGCAGUUCCCUGCACAUUCUUUUUAUCUCAGAUGGUUACAAGAACUUUGAUGGGUUUUUUGCCAUCUUUCAGGAAAGCUCAGAAUGCAUAUCCUCUCCAUGUUUGCAUGAUGGCACCUGCAUCGUAGACUCCUCUCACUCCUUUCACUGCGCCUGCCUGGCUGGAUAUACUGGAAGAAGAUGCGAACAUGUGCUUGAGUGCAGAACGCCUUUGAUUCCAGCCCAUGGGACUACAGAGCAUCUGGAUGUAAGGGUGGGAGGACAUGCUGUGUUCCAGUGUGACCCUGGAUACACGUUAAAGGGUUUCAGGAUGGCCACCUGUUUACUGGAUGGGUCAUGGAGUGCACCAACUCCACAGUGUGUGCCUGACCAAAACUGUGGCAUUCCUCCAAAGCCAGAGCAUGGUGAUCAUUUCCUUGUUUAUGGACCGAAUGAUGUACUUAUUGCUAUACAGUAUUUCUGCUAUAAGCUAUACAAACUGAAUGGAACCCCUCAGAGAACCUGUCUGGACAAUAACACUUGGAGUGGGACAGCACCAACCUGUGUCAAAGAGUUGAUUGUAAUUCCUGCAGCAGAUAAUGAACAAAGCAAAGGCAAACACAAACCUACUGGACAAGACGAAAUGGGCCAUGCCAAGAACAAAACUUCACAAGAAAAAGAAAAUGAGUCAAAAACAGACAAAGACAUAAAACCACAAAAACCUACCGCUGGAAAGGACAACAUGGGACAAGAUGUAAAGUUUGGAGAAGACAUGGGCAUAGAUAUUGGCAGCAAUUUUGUAAAAGAAAAAACGAAAAUUGAAAACAAAGAUGCUGAUAGCAACAUUAACACAAUUAGAAAGAAUGAAGCUGUAGAGGAUAAGGAUACUCUUCAACUCUUAGACAAAGAUGCACAUCUAGAUAUUGGAACGAAAGUUGGAAGUCCGACAAAAGAUUUGGGCAUGGAAUUUGUAGAAAUUGUGUUGAUAGACAAUAAGAUGGUCAGUAAUCAAACAACAAAAGAUGACAAAACCAGGGAUGGUGGAAUAGACAAAGGACAAAAAAGAACUGAUGGACCUCAAUACACCAUAUUAAGCCUGACUGAAGAUGAGAAAGAAAACAUUCUUUAUGAAAUAGAUACCAUACACAGAGGGAAUAACACUACAUUUUUCAAUAAGAAUGACAUAGAAGAAAAUCUGACACUGCUUCAAGAAACUGAACAACCCAAAACAGCUACUACUGGUAAUAAUAGCACAGCAGUCAUACCAACAGUGAGCAAAACAACUGACAAAAUGACAAUGACGGUUAAACCUACGGAAAAGGUCCAAGUGGACACAGUGAAUGAAAAGAUGACAGAACAAGAUUUACAAGAAACAAAAAAAGAUGAAGGUGAAACUGGGCAGAUUAUUGGUAAUCAGGGUGAAGGGAGACCAUGUCUUCGACCGUCACCAUUGUAUAAUGGUUACUAUAUGUUGGUUCCUGGCCUCCUUCCUGAAACAGUGGAAUUCUUCUGUAACCAGUCUUAUGCUUUGAGUGGCAGUGCACAGAGGACGUGUCAGCCUAACGGCACCUGGUCUGGCACCCAGCCCAUCUGUAUUAGAGCCUGUCGAGAGCCCAAAGUAUCUGUGCUGGUUAAACAGAGAGUUCUACCUCCCCAUAUGCCGUCCAGGAAAACACCUGUGCAUAAAUUUUAUUCUUCCUCUGGAGUGACCAAUUUCUUAAGGGAAGUGCAGCCCACCCAGACCCCUUUCACCCAGCCCCUGCUCCCACAAGGGUUUCACCAUAUCUACACACACAUUGAGUAUGAGUGUAUGUCACCUUUUUACCAGCACUUUGGAAGUGCACGCAGAACCUGUCUGAAGAUGGGAAAGUGGAGUGGACGUCAUGUUUCUUGUUCUCCAGUGUGUGGGAAGCUGACAAACUUUGACCCUCAGAACCCUUCUGAGACUAACUGGCCCUGGCUGGCUGCCAUCUAUCGUUUGCCUGUUGCAAGUAAACUAGGGAAGUUAAGUGUGGCCAAGACAAUGGGAGCAAACACUGAACUAAUGGAAGAAGAGAGCAACAUGGAUGGUUGGCAGCUUGUUUGCAGCGGAGCCCUGGUAAACCAGCGAAGUGUGGUUGUAGCUGCCCACUGUGUCACAGAACUAGGGAAAUUAUAUCCACUUGACACGGCCAAAAUCAGAGUAGUGCUUGGCAAACAGUAUCGCAGUGAUCUGAGAGUGACCAAGGGACUGCAGCGAUUACGGGUAUCCUCCAUCACUCUACAUCCAAACUAUGAUCCCCUGGUGCUGGAUUCAGAUGUGGCCAUAUUGAAGCUCCUGGACAAGGCUCGUAUUGGAGAAAACGUGCUGCCGAUCUGCCUACCAGAUGCUCAUGAUACAGUAGAACCCUCUAGACAAAGGAUGGUGACAGGCUGGUCCCUCUUAUCUGACCAGAAGGCUGGAAAUUUCGAGAAGGCACGUGUGGGCCGUGUGAUUCUUGGGGAUAUUGUUCACUGUGAGCAGCAAUAUGCCAAUUAUGGUGUUCCUAUCAGUGUGUCAGAAAACAUGAUGUGUGGGCGACAGGGUUCUGGUGCCGAACAGUCAAACAUUUGCCCUGCUGACACUGGAGGGAUUCUUAUUUUGCCACCAGUCUCCUCUGGCUCCAGUCUGACACCUCCACAUGGACAGGACUCACAAGCAUGGAAACUUUUAGGGUUGGUCAGUUUUGGAUAUGAUUCUUUAAAUUGCAACCCAGAGCUUUACACUGUGUACACCCAUGUUGCUAAUUUUGUCAACUUCAUAGAGGAAAAUAUGACAUAGGCUGACAUACAGUAUUACAUCUUAUCUCUGUUGCAUUCAUAUUAUAUCAUUCUAUUCAUUAUAAUACUGCAUUAAUGUAUAGGCUACAAUACACUGGACUAUGCAGUGCACAGAUAUAUAUAAGACUUGGACUUUAAACUUUAUAGUAACCAUUGUAAGGAAAAUAGUCCUAAAACAACAUAGGGUCCCACUUUAUAUCAGGUGGUCUUAACUACUAUGUACUUACAUUUAAAAGGGACAUCUGAUGCAAAAUUCACUUUUACAUGGUGUUUGCAUAUAAAUGUGUGUUCGCAGUGUGUUGACAGAACCACCCUACAAUGAUAAAAAUCCAUUCGCUUCUGUUUUUUUCCCCCUAGACUUAAACAGUCUCAAAUAUUAAGCUGUUUUGAUUUUCUGAGCAGUAUGACGACCUGCCCAUGACCACCGACAGACUGUCCCAUAUUAACAUAGUUCCACCCUCAGCCAGUUGUACGCUGUCUGUUAUAAUCUUCACACUCAAGCAGCUUAUGAUAAUAAAUAUGUAAGCAAUGCAGGUGUUUUGUAGUUGGAUGUAAAAGUGAACAUAAGAGUCUUCAUUUUCUUCCAACAUCAUGGAUUAUUAUUUUUAUAUUUAUUUAUUAUUAUUACUCUUAUUUUAUUUAUUUUUUAUUUUUUUGAUGGUAACACACCACUGAAUACAAAUAAAAACAAAAAAUACAAUACAAUAAAAAAAGAGAGAAGAGAGGGGUAGGGUUAGGGUUAAAGAGAGCAGAGCUGUUUUUGACAAGGUAAAAGGGGUGUUGUUUUACACUGCCAUUGAGGAAUAUUGACCAAAGUAUAUUGCAGACAUUUCAUAAAAAGACCCUAAAGAAUCAUACCAACUUGUGGAAAAAUGUCAUCCAAUGUCCCCUUUAAAUUAAUAAUUUGAUGCAAUGCACUUAUUGUGUACAUACAUGUUUUUUUUACGUUGUGCUUUUUUUUUUAAAGAAUACCUGCAUGUAAUUACAUCUGUAAUUAAUUAUGCUAAUUACAUUUAUAAUUACACUGUUGACCCAUCCCUUACACCUUAACCCACCCUUAAACUUACCCAUACCACCAAGCCUGUCCCUGACCAGAAUCCCACCUCAUUAGCACCGGAAGUGUUUUGCAAUACAAUAUGAACACAAACGGUACAUUGUACUUAUUUUUUGAUGUAAGUAGUUAAGGCCACCUAAUUUAAAGUGGGACUCAACAUAGUCCUAAAACAGUAUUUCAAUGUUUUAGGAAAUGGUCCAAAAACACCAACACUGAGCAGCUUCCUACAUUCAUGUUGGCCCUCAGUCUCUCAGGUGAUAUUUAAUUUGCUUAUAAAUCUUUAAAAUGUACAGAAAUUGUAAUGUUGUAUUUACCAUUAUAAGUGCUAUUGAAAAAUGUGUGAAAGAUGUAUAUAUUUACAAAUAUUUUAACAUAUUUUCUCACUGGGGUAACCCAGCUAAGAAUCAUAACUCAUGUAUAUGGACUGCAGUGAUGUUUUCUCUGAUAAGGCAAGUGAAAAACUGAAAGGAAAUGUACAGUACAAAAAUAAAACUAAUCAAAUCCUACAA